GGGUGUGUUUGGUUUGUUGGAUUGGCCAGGAUUGGAUGGGACACAGUCCCAGUCUGCUGUUUGGUUGAUCAUUUUGAGUUCGGGACAGAUGUAACCGAAACAGUAAAUUAAUCCCAAAUGAUCAGGACACAGCUGACCCGUCUCUCCCCCUAGGUCAUUUUUGUCCCAAACUCAAAAAGCCCUUGUUCUCUCGCUUAUCGUUGCCUCGCGUGGAAGAUCAAAGGAAAAAUCACAGCUCGGUUGGCCAUCUACUAUAGUCGAUCUGGAGAAAGGGCUUCCAUUUGCAAGCAAAACCCCAAACUGCAAAGAACCCAGGCCAUCUUAUAGGCGGAUUCCAUUUGCAAGCAAAGCCCCAAACUGCAAAGAACCCAGUACAUAUGGAUCGAAGAAAAGUCGCUGCAUUCCUUUUACUUCCAAAUGAUUCACAAUUAGAGUCUUUUUGUACGGCUUUUAUGUUACUUUUGCUUAUGUAUAUGUACUGGGCAUAUAUAAGGCGAAAUGUUAGAGGUUAUAGAAAUCAAUUACCUAGGAAUGCAGAAUUGCGUAUGUCUUUUCUAAAUAGUCUGCUAGAUAAUGAUGUUAAUUGUAUUAGUCAGCUUAGGAUGGAUAGGAGAACAUUUGAUACUUUAUGUCAGUUAUUAGACGAUGAUGGAUAUGUUAAAAGUGAUGGCAUUGUUACAUUGCAAGAGCAAGUGUGUAUAUUUCUGCACAUAAUUGCUCACCAUACCAAGAACCGUACAAUUAUCACUAGAUUUUUUAGAUCGGGAGAGACAAUAAGUCGAUAUUUCAAUUCUGUGUUGCAUGGAGUACUGCGCUUACAUAAGAUUCUGUUGAGCCCUCCAAAACCAAUAUCAGAUAAUUGUUUGGAUGAUAGAUGGAAAGUAUUUAAGAAUUGUUUGGGAGCUUUAGAUGGAACUUACAUUAAGGUGAAUGUACCAGAAAUCGAUAAGCCAAGAUAUCGUACAAGAAAGGGUGAGAUAGCCACAAAUGUUUUAGGUGUAUGUAAUCCAAAUAUGGAAUUUAUAUUUGUAUUACCUGGUUGGGAAGGUUCCGCUUCAGAUUCAAGAGUACUCCGUGAUGCAUUAAGUAGGCCAAAUGGGUUAAGAGUACCAACUGGUUGUUAUUACUUAGUGGAUGCUGGUUAUACUAAUGGUGAAGGAUUUCUUGCACCAUAUAGAGGAACAAGAUAUCAUCUUUCUGAGUGGAGAGAGGGCUGUGCACCCAUAAAUCAUGAAGAGUAUUUCAACAUGAAGCAUGCAUCUGCUAGGAAUGUCAUAGAAAGAUGCUUUGGGGUUCUUAAAAAGCGGUGGGCAAUUUUAAGAAGUCCAUCUUUCUAUCCUAUUGCAACACAAAUCAAGAUCAUUACCGCAUGUUGCCUUAUACAUAAUCUUAUUAGAAGAGAAAUGAUAAUUGAUCCUGGGGAAGUUGAGUUUGAUAGGAGUGAAGAUGUUGCCGUUAGUACUGACGAUGACAUUAUAGGAUCGAUUUCUUCCUCGGACCAAUGGACUAACUGGAGAAAUGAUUUAACUAAGCAAAUGUUUGCUGAGAGGAGAUGUCAUGGACAUUAGUGGUCGCAUGUUUUAAUGCUCUUGUAGAUGUUUUAUUUUAUACUGUUUGUUAAACAUCUUGGAUCAUUUGUAUGAAAACCAAUUUAUAUUAUAUGCCAUUGUUGUCAUAUGUGAAUGAUUUUUCCUUAUUUUCUUGCUGUUAUUUGCUUGCUGUUAUUGUAUUGUUGA